AUGCCUGUCAAUACUGCUACAGUUCAUGGAGAUAAUCCUAUGCCAAUGAAGAAUUUUAAUUUAAAAGUUAAUAGAAAUAGCAAUAAUAAUAAUAGUUCAUACUAUAAUGAUUCUAAUCUAGUAACCAAAACUAGAACAAAAAGUAUUGGAUCAAAUACUUCUUCGUCAAAUAGUAAUAAGAUGGUAGGUCUUGGUAUAGCGAGAAGACCAAGUGACAAUUUAUUGCUAAAAUAUAGUAAUAGCGCAAAUAAUAAUAAUACAAAUAAUUUACCUCCAUCAUCAUCACCUCCUAAUACUUUUUCAAAUAAAUCAAAGAGUAGAAAUACUAAUUUAAUGAAACAAAAUGAUAACGGUAAUAAUAAUAUACCUGAAAAAGAUGAAAAAGAACAUGAACAUGAGGAACAACAUCAUUAUGAUGAUGUUAUGAUACCGCCUCCAAAGAAACAUUUUAGUCUGAAAAAUGAUAGACCAAUAUCUAAUGAUUCUAUCUCUACAAAGGCCUCUGAAUUAUUCUCAUCACCUUCGUCUGAUUUAAAUUCAAGAAAUUCAUCAAUAGAAAAUGAUAGCGAUAUCGAUAAUAAUUCUAAUCAUUUGAAAUUAAGUACUACUAAUAAUAAUAAUACAAGUAGUUUAAUGGAAGAGAGUAUAAUAUCCGAAGGUAAUUCUACUCUAAUAUUGAACAGUAGUGAGGGGACUGAACAACAACAACAACAACAACAACAGCAUUUUGAUCAACAAACACCUAUAAAUACUCAUACUGUUUUAGAAAGUAUUAAUACACCUGCAUCACAAAGUAGUCAGCGUUACUUAUAUAGUAGCAAUAAUGGCAACAACAACAACAUCAAUCAUAAUAAAUUCAAUACUACUAAUGGUAGCACACCAAACUUUAAACAUAUUCCUAAUAACAGAAACCAUACUACUACAAACCUUUCAAACGGUAAUAAUUCUAGUGGUAAUAAUACCAACGGAUUCUAUAAACCUUCCCUGUAUGGUCAUUCAAACAGUACUACAGCUAUUUUAGCUAACAAGGCUCCACUGACAGCCUCUCAACGUUAUAGAUUAAGAAAAGAACAAAAUGAAACUUCAAUAAGAAACACGAUAAAAGAGAAAGAAAAAUUUUACGAUGAACAAAAUGGUAUCCUUGAAUUACAAGAAGGUGAUAUUGAUGAUUCAUUAAUAUGGAACAUCCCAAUGGCCUCAUUUUCUACUAGUUCCUUCCUGAAUACAUCCUCGGGAAAGCAUCACAAUGGGAAACAUAGAUCAUUAGCUAAUAAACAGGUAGUGGAUUUAAAUACUAACUCUUCGACAUCCACAAUCACUGUCAACAACAAUAACAACAUUAAUAAUGGUCCAGUAGGGAACACUGCAGUCCUUCAUCACAAUUCAUCAAAGUCAGCUCCUAUAAAUAAUGUCAAACAACUAGGUCACAACCAUAGAUUUGCAAAUUCAAGAAAGGCUGCUGUUAGUAUGCCAAUGUUAGAUUUCCAUGAUAUGCCGACGUCGCCAAUCCCCGGUAUCAAUGGAAUAUCAGAUUUACAAUAUAUCCAAGAGACGACUAAGAAUUUAUCCUCAGUUUAUAUCCAAUCACAAAAUAGGUUGUCAAAAUCAAAACUAUCUCAAAGAACUCAAUCUGCUGACUUUUUACCUCUUGAUUUGAAAGCCGCUAGCGAACAAGGCAUGGAAUCCUUACUGUUAGUCUCUGAAGAUAAAUUAGAGGCUGUGAGUAAUUCAAGACCAAGUUGGCUACCUCCAAAGAAUCCCGAGGAGAAAAAACUACACGAAUACGAGAUUUCUAAAAGCAUAAGUAUGGCAUCCAUUGAACAAUUAGAUAAAAAUAAAAAUAGAGACGUACGUAAAAUCAAUGAUGAAACAAAUAGAGCUAAAUUGAUAUUGUUAUUGGAUCGUGACAUAACUCGUAAUUCCUCAUUGACGAGCCUUAAGAAAAUCGUGUGGGAGACAUCCUUUUCUACGGAAAGCAGAGGUCAAAUAUAUGAUGAAGUCUUACAAAGUAAAGAUAGAAUCAUAUCUAAACAUUAUAUGGAAUCGUUUGAUGAACUAUCUAAACUUUUAAACACAAUGGAUUUCCCAAAGGGUAAAGAAAUUGAAAUUGAACAAUUGAUUAAAAAUGAUAUAUUAAACAAAAGGUGUGGACAGGAGACGCAGGAAGUUUCUAAAAACUUAAUGUUAAUGUUGAAAUUAAGAGCAGUAUCUUCUCAAGGUCUCAUUCCAGGUGAUGCUUUAUUAUUCCAUCAUUUCUUAAUCGAUGGUUCGUUCAGUUCCCUUAGGGAGGUAUGGGAAAUGGUUAAUUUACUUCAAAUGACCUGUUUCAGUGAUAUUUGUAAAAACAAAUAUGACUCCAAGAUACUUCAAUCUCGUGGAGUUGUUGCCAAUUAUUUAUUAAAGACAGACGACUUCAAAUAUGAAUUCAAUUCAUCCUGUUUGAAUUCUACUACAUGGUGGAACAUUUUGGAAAGAAUUGACCAUGAAUUAUUCAUGUGGACAAUGGAUACGAUUGUUGUAGCAAAUGCUCAAAGUUUUAAGAACUAUCCAAUAAAAAAACAAGAUUACGAAGAUAAAGAUUGGGAGACAUAUUGUAGCAAGAAAGUUGUUGUUAAUUACAAAAUCUUACUUGCGUUCGCAUUGAAUGUUUUAUUAAACUAUCAUUUUGGUUUCAAUGAUCUAAAUGAAUUAGCAAUAUUGGAUGACCAAGGAUUUUCUAUUCCAAUUCCUAUGGAAGAAUUAUUGGACUGUACCGAAGUCAAUGGGAUGUUUAUAAGGAAGUGGUUGCAUUAUUACAAAAGAUUCUGA